UACAAUAUAUGUAUCCUCAACAAUUAUGAAUAGUUGAAGAUUAUCUCGUAUCAGUUAGCAAUUUUUUUCUUCCACCAACCAACAAUAAUUUGCGGAGAAAUCAGUGAAUGAGUGGAGUGCCACCUUAAAAGGAAAUAAUAAAUGGUGCAAAAACACAAAAGGCCAUUGAAUUGAUAUUGUCGGGCGAAGACCUAGAAUUUCCAGAAAAUAAUCUAUAAAAGGAAAAUUCAUUUUCUUCCUACUCCAGUUACGUUCUGCAUAUUCGUUAAAAUCAAAUCAUUGUUGAAAAAAUAUGACUGCAUGUGGAAAGAAUAAAUCGAAUAUGCUGCGAAUAACAGUCUUGUUCGUUUUUGUUUGUUGCAUGUUUGUGCAUCUUGAAGCCUAUAAGACUGGUUCCAGGAAUACCAAACCAAUUGGUAUAUGUAUCAGAAAUUGUGCCAUUUGCAAAAAGAUGUACGGGCCCUAUUUUGAUGGAGAACUUUGUGGUGAUGCUUGUAUUAAAUUCAAAGGGAAGAUCAUUCCAGAUUGUGAUGAUAUAUCUUCAGUUGCACCAUUCUUGAAUAAGUUAGAUUAAAAGUGCGAUUUAUCUACUACAAUACUCUGAAAACUGAAUAAAAAUGGAAUAUUUACCAUAAUGUACCUAUGAAUGGUACGAUUUUAUUGAAUUUGUUAAUGUAUUAUUUAAUAAGUCUGUUGAAACAAUUUUGUUGCUAAUUUAUUUUGUUAAUAAUUUAUUCUACUGUAGAAUAUGAUAUAAUAUACCAACCCAAAAACUUCAAAUGUAA